ACCCUUUUUUCAGAUUCAAUCACAACUCCUAAACUUGCAAGCGUCGCCCAACACUCUCCCUUUCUUCACAUUAAAUCUCUGCGCCGAUUAAGGAUGACGAGCAGAAGAGCUGCUGUUUCUGCAAUCGAUCUCAUUCAUGGAAGAGGAUUUCUCAAUCCAUGGUCGCAUAAAUCGGGUUUAUUUUUCAAGAGUGGUUGCGAACCAAAUGUCACGACAUUCAACACUCUGAUUAAAGGGUUGUUUUUAAAUCAUAAGGUGGCCGAGGCUGGGAAAUUGUUCAAUAUGCUUUUGCAUUUCAGAAUAUGUGAGCCUAAUGAUGUUAUGAUUGUGACGAUGGUAGAUGGGCUUUGUAAAUCAGGAAAUGUCCUUCCAGCGAGAGAUUUAGUUCGUAGAUUAGAAAGAAGUAGGUUGAGACCCAAUGUCAAGGCUUAUAAUGCAUUACUCGAUGGGCUACGCAAAUCUGGAAUGGUGGAUGAUGCUCUCCAGCUCCUAUCCGCGAUGAUCGAAAAGGGUAUUACACCCGAUGUUGUCACGUACAACUCGAUGAUUCAGGGGUUGUGCGACCUAGGGAGACUGGAGGAUGUUAAGGUUCUGGUGAAUGAAAUGUCUAAUUCUAAUAUUUCUCUCAAUGUUGUUACCUUUAAUAUAUUGAUUGAUGCAUACUGCAAGGAGAGAAAGAUGGAAGAGGCUCAGGAUUUGUUGAAAACUAUGAAGCAACAUAACGUAUGUCCUGAUGUUGUCACUUAUAAUACGCUGAUUGAUGGGUAUUGUUUCAGAGGGGAAAUUGGUAAAGCACGACAAGUACUUGAUUCCAUGGUUGACAAGGGACUAAAGCCUAAUAUUGUUAGCUGCGGCUGCUUAUUAAAUGGAUAUUGCAGUAAGGGGAGAAUAGACGAAGCUUGGCUUCAUUUUCUGGAAGUUCCUUUGAAAGGUCUGGAGCAUGAUACAUGUACUUAUAAUACCAUGAUUCAUGGACUGUUUAGUAAACGUAGAUUUUCCGAGGGCUGGAAGCUUUUCAAGGAUAUGGAAGCUCGACGAGUAACUCCUAACAUAUAUACUUAUAAUACAUUGUUGGAUGGGCUGUGCAAGAAUGGGGAGAUUGAUGAAGCUCUUUCUUUUCUGCACACGAUUGAAGGGAAAGGAGUUACUCCUAAUAGAGUCACAUAUGGGGCUGUCAUAAAUGGAUUAUGCAAAAAUGGGAAACUUGAUGUUGCUAGAGAUCUUUUCAACCAACUACCUUCUAGAGGUGUGCAACCUAAUGCUCGUAUAUAUAAUAUGAUCAUUGGUGCACUUUGUCAUGAAGGUUCUACAGAGGAGGCACAAUGUUUGCUUACAGAGAUGCAGAGUCAUGGUUGUGCACCUACCAGCGUGACAUACAACAUCAUGACGCGAAGUUUCCUAAAGAAGAAAGAGCUUAGCAAGGCAAUACCAUACUUGGAAGUAAUGCGCGAAAAGGAACUCUCAGCAGAUGUUUCUACUCUUUCCAUGCUCAUUGAUCAAAUGCAAGGAAAAACUAAAGAUGAUGUUCUUCUCAAAUUGAUGAAGGAUGUUUUGCCAAAGGAUUUUGCAUCAUAGUCAUCUCGCCUUCUGAGAUGCAACCAACUCAGGCUUUGGGGCUGAACUUUGUGUCUUUUUCUUUCUUCUGUUUUUUUAUUUUUUUUCAUCUAAUGAUUUUUUCUUGUGAUUUUCUUGCGUUUAUUUAUGGGUGGUUUUUCAAUUCUCAUAUAUCUCAUGUUGUGUGCAAAUAUAUUCUCAGAUAUUCUAAUAAUUCAAUUCAUAUGCAUAUGUUACUGAAAUGGAUAUUCAUUUAUUUUCUU